UGGUAGCUAUGUCCAUGUCUAUGUCAAUGUGAACUGAUGACACAAAAUUUGAUUGUAGCUAAUUUUGCGAUAGGUUUUUUCUGUUUGCACGCUUAAGAAACAUGGCUUGUUUCUUCAGAAGAAGAAUUGCAGAAAAGCUGGGUAGGACGUUGCAGCAGUCUGAGGAUGCCUUCAUACCAGCUCUGUCAGCGGUUCCAGUCUUUAAGAAACAGCAGACUGUUGACUUCAAACUGUCAAUUAGUACAUUACGAAUCAGUGGGAUUUUACCAUCCAAUGGUGACAUCCAGCUGCAGACUGAAGACUUGGCCUCUCGGUUGAAGCAGGACGGCGUGGUGGAGGACAUAUCAGCUGGAUGUGGAGUCGUCAACUUUAGAGUUAAUCGCACACUUCUUGCACAGAAAAUGCUGGAGCCGUUUGGAAAGGGCGAGGAUGAGAAAUUCGGGUUAAAUAGUGAGCUUUUCAAAACUCUCAAGAGAGGAACAACAUUAGUUGAGUAUAGCUCUCCAAAUAUAGCCAAAAAAUUCCACGCUGGACACUUGCGGUCCACAAUUAUUGGUAACUUCAUCGCUAACCUGAAGCAGUCGCUUGGGAACAAUGUUAUUCGAAUGAACUACCUGGGAGACUGGGGUAUGCAGUUUGGCUUGCUGGGAGCCGGGUUUGGCCAGUUUGGCUGUCAGGAGAAACUGAAGCAGAAUCCCUUACAGCAUCUGUUUGAGGUUUAUGUUCAAGUGAACAAAGAAGCAGAGCACAAUGAGGAUGUAAAACAGGCUGCCAGAGACUUCUUUAGACAGCUGGAGCAGCACGAGAGCGAGGCUGUGUCGUUAUGGCAGCAGUUCAGAGAGAUCACAGUGAACGAGUAUCAACACGUUUAUAAGCGGUUAGGGGUCCACUUUGAUGUUUACUCUGGGGAGUCUUUCCACCAAGAUCAAGCCCAGGAGGUGGCGCAGCAGCUGCAGAGCAGAGGCCUGUUGAAAACCUCUGAGAAAGGAGCAGGUGUAGUGGAUCUCUCCCCGGGUGGAGACAUGAGCAGCGUCUGCACAGUGCUCCGCAGCGACGGCACAACGCUCUAUAUCACCAGAGAUCUUGCGGCAGCCAUCGACCGAGCAGAAAAAUACCACUUCGACGAGAUGAUUUAUGUGACAGAUAAAAGUCAAGCGAAUCACUUCCACCAGCUGUUCCAGAUCCUGCUCGCUAUGGGACACGCGUGGGCUGACAGGUGUCAGCACGUGCCCUUCGGCCUGGUGCGGGGCAUGAAGACCCGGAGCGGCGAGGUGGUGUUUCUGGAGGACGUGCUGGAUGAAGCUCGGGCCAGGAUGCUGCACAACAUGAGCCGGGCAACAACAACAAAGGAAAUGGAAAACCCAGAGGACACCGCAGAAAAAGUGGGCAUCAGUGCAUUAAUAGUCCAGGACUUCAAAGGCCCCCUGCUGUCAGACUAUACGUUUGACUGGGACAGGAUGCUGCAGGCUCGGGGAGACACAGGAGUUUUCCUCCAGUACACGCAUGCUCGCCUCCGCAGUUUAAUACAGAGGAAUGAAGGUGUAGAAGCAGCUACGUUUGAUCCAUCCCUUCUACUUGAGCAGACCAGUAUCACCAUCCUGCAGCACCUCCUUCGCUAUGAUGAGGUGUUGUACCAGUCAUCACAGGAUCUGCAACCGAAACACCUCGUCAACUAUUUAUUAAAGUUGUGCCACAUGAUCGCCUCAGCACACAGAGAGCUGCCGGUUAAAGGAAGCGCUCAGGAUGUUGCACAGGCAAGGUUACGACUCUUCAGCGCCGCCUGCUCAGUCCUGGCCAAUGGGAUGAGGAUACUGGGCAUCACGCCAGUUGAUAAAAUGUGAAACUUAACAAAGUUUGUUAUUACCUUAUCAGUGUUAGUUCACCGCUGUAGUUAAAUUCUACUGUAAAUAAUAAAAAACAUAUUUUCAAAAUUAAAUCUCCCCAUUGAUUGAACUCUCCCACAGAAGGAUUUGCUUUUCCUACUAUUGUCUCAGGUAUUUUCCACUCACACAGAUUAUACUCAGGUGUAAAUCAAAGAAAGUUACUCCUCAGUGAGUCACUUUGGUUUCAUAUUGACUGUUGCUGAUGCUGGAAAUGUGUAAAAUCAGAGCAGAGUGAUGCAGCUCGACUCAUUUUAUACUCACUGUUGAUGCGCUGCUGACUAACGUCAGUGGGUAACCUGAUAGUAAUGAGAGGCACGUUAUAACAGUACAGUUAACAGAAGAAUGGUAUAAGUGGUUCAGAUGAGUUGCAC